CCCGUCCCCUCUCCCCAGGUGCUGCAGCGGCUGAGCGAGGCCACGGGCUGCGACCGCGUGGUGGACGUGGGCGCCGGGCAGGGCCACCUCUCGCGCUUCCUGGCCUUCGGCCUCGGCCUCUCCGUCACCGCCGUGGAGGCCGACGGCCGCCUGGUGAGCCUGGCCGAGCGCUUCGACCGCGAGCUGCUGCGGGAGCUGGCCAAAAAACGGGCCCGGGGCGACGGGGGGGGGCCUCCCCCACCCCCCCGGCACCCCAAAAGCAGCCCCCGGGACCCCAACGCCCCCCCCCGGCGCCCCGAGACCCUCGCGUCCCUCUGUCCCCGCCGCCCGCGGCACGUGGCCGGCCGCUUGGACCCGCGGGCUCCCGGCGAGGAAUUUCUGCUGCCCCCCGUCCCGGGGCCGGGCCCCCCCGCCAGGAACCCGCUACGGGGGGAGCCGGGGGGGGAGCGGGUGCUGCUGACGGGGCUGCACGCCUGCGGGGACCUCAGCGUGGCCCUGCUGCGCCACUUCGCCCGCAGCCCCCACGUGGCCGCCGUCACCUCGGCCGCCUGCUGCUACAUGAAGCUCUCCACGAGGCCCCAGCCCCAAGAUCCCGGUCCCCAGCCCCAAGAUCCCGGUCCCCAGCCCCAAAAUCCCGGUCCCCAGCCCCAGGAUCCCAGUCCCCAGCCCCAGGAUCCCAGUCCCCAGCCCCAGGAUCCCAGUCCCCAGCCCCAAGAUCUCGAUCCCCAGCCCCAAAAUCCCACUGCCCAGCCCCAAAAUUCCAAUCCCCAGCCCCAAAAUCCCAGUCCCCAGCCCCAAGAUCUUGAUCCCCAGCCCCAGGAUCCCGGUUGCCAGCUCCAAAACCCCAAUCCCCAACCCCAAAACCCCGGUUCCCAACCCCAAAACCCUGGUCCGCAACCCCAAAAUCCCACUCCCCAGCCCCAAAACCCCCCUCCCCACCCCCUAUC